AUGUUGCAGUUUAACAGGCAGCAAGAGUUUCCUUUCCUAAAACGUAAAGGCAGAGAGAUGGAAGCACCAAACAUCCUCCUGCAGCCCAGCAAGGGGAAGGAAAAGGAAGUCGUUCGUGUAGACAAGCAGAGUGGUUCCUCUGCCACCACUCCCUCGAAUGCCCAGCCCCUACUGCUACUAGGACCUGAGGGGAAUUACAACUAUUAUGUGGAUGAUGAAGAUGAGGAAGAUGAAGAGAAAGAACAAGAAAAAUGGCCACAUGAAGAUGCAUUUAAAGGAGAGGGCGAGGCCUCAUCAUUUAUCCCUUGUUCCCCGGCUCUUUCCCCUAGAUCCCCGGCCACAGCUCCAUCUGUGCUGAACAUCAACGUUGGUGGCCAGAGUUACCGCCUCACCUACCAGGCAGUGGCCACCUAUCCCAAGACCCGCCUGGGCCGCCUGGCUACCUCCACUGACCGUCGCUGCCAGCUGGGCCUGUGCGACGACUACGCUGCUCAGGUGGACGAGUACUUCUUUGACCGGGACCCAGCUGUCUUCCAGCUGGUGUACAACUUCUACGCCUCGGGGGUGCUGCGGGUGAGGGAUGAGCUGUGCCCCCGCAGCUUCCUGGAGGAGCUGAGCUACUGGGGCGUGCGUCUCAAAUACACACCGCGCUGCUGCCGCAUCUGCUUCGAGGAGCGCCGCGACGAGCUGAGCGAGCAGCUGAAGGUCCAGCGGGAGCUGCGCUCCCAGGCAGAGGCUGAGGAGAACGAGCAGCUCUUCCACCACAUGCGCUACUACGGUCCCCAGCGCUGGCGCCUCUGGAACCUCAUGGAGAAACCCUUCUCCUCUGUCACCGCCAAAGUGAUGGCAGUGGCCUCCAGCUUCUUCGUGCUCAUCUCUGUGGUGGCCCUGGCGCUCAACACAGUAGAGGAGAUGCACCAGGUGGACUGGAAGAGUGGGGAUAGCCGGCCUGUCUUGGAGCAUGUCGAGACCCUGUGCAUUGCAUUCUUCACACUGGAGUACCUGCUGCGCUUGGUCUCUACCCCAGACCUGCGCCGCUUUGCCAGCAGUGCCCUCAAUGCAGUAGACCUCAUUGCCAUCCUGCCCCUCUAUCUGCAGCUGCUGCUCGAAUGCUUUACUGACGACGACCAGCCCCGGGGCCGGGGCUCCCAACACGAGCACGAUAUCGAGAAGGUGGGAAGGGUGAGCAAGGUAGGACAAGUGCUUCGCAUCAUGCGCCUCAUGCGCAUCUUCCGCAUCCUCAAGCUGGCCCGCCACUCCACAGGGCUGCGUGCCUUUGGCUUCACCCUGCGCCAGUGCUACCAGCAGGUGGGCUGCCUCUUGCUCUUCAUUGCCAUGGGCAUCUUUGCCUUCUCUGCCAUGGUCUACACAGUGGAGCACGAUGUCUCCAGUACCAACUUCACCAGCAUUCCCCAUGCUUGGUGGUGGGCUGCCGUCAGCAUCUCUACAGUGGGAUAUGGAGAUAUGUGUCCAGAAACUCACCUUGGACGCCUGUUUGCUUUCCUCUGCAUUGCUUUCGGAAUAAUCCUGAAUGGCAUGCCCAUCUCCAUCCUCUACAAUAAAUUCUCAGACUAUUACAGCAAGCUGAAGGCCUACGAGUACACAGCUCUCAAGAAAGAAAGAGGGAAGGUCGACUUCACACGGAGAGCCAUGAGGAAAAUAUCUGAGUGCUGUGGAGAAGGUGCAUCCCACCCUCCGUCACAGCAAUGAUAGCGCUUCGGAUAUUGGGGAGCAACC